AUGUCACUCAUCUCCACAGCACUUGUGCUACUUGUUCCCCUAGGCCUUUACUUGUACCUGCUGCGGUCUAGUCGUAGAAGAUCAAAUAACCCAGCAGAAGCAGUGCUCCCCACAAAAUUGCCAAUACUAGGCAUGCUCCCUUCUCUCUUGGCCAACAUGUACAACUUCCAUGAGUACAGCUCUGUGGUCCUCGCUGGAUCAGGCCUCAACUUCAAUGGGGACGGCCCACCUGGAGCCGGGAUGCGAUUCUUCAUCACCUGCGACCCUGCCAACAUCCAGCACAUCUUCACGACCAACUACCACAACUUCCCCAAGGGCGCGGAAUUCGCCGCCAUCUUCGACAUCAUGGCUGGUGGCCUCUUCACUAUCGACGGCGAGCUGUGCCGUCGGCGGCGCGUGAAAUUUGCGGGCGUGGUCAGCAGCCCGUGGUUUACUGAUCGUGUGGCAGCCCAUUGCUGUGACAAGGUGAAGGACCACCUCCUCCCAUUGCUUGCUCGCAUGGCGACUACCGGCACUUCGUUCGACAUGCAAGAGUUAAUGGUGAGGUUAAUGUUUGACAUGACCGCCAUGGCAGUCUUUGGCGUGGACCCUGGCUUCCUGUCCUCGGACAUGCCUCCGGUUGAUGCCUCCACUGCCAUGGACACAGUCAUGGAGGUGGGAUUUCUCCGGCACACCAUGCCAGCCUCUUUGUGGAAGGCAAUGAGGUGGCUAAAUAUUGGUCCUGAGAGAAAGCUCCUCGAAGCGAAGAAAGUGCUCCACAGGUUUGUUGUGGAUACGAUGGACAGGAGGAAGAGGAACGGAGAAAAUGUUGGCCACAAUGAGAAUGAAGAGGUUGUAGGUGAUAUUUUAUCUUCCUACAUCAAUGACCCGGACUUCGCUGAUGAUGACUUGCUCCGUGCGACACUCAUUAACUUCAUGAUCGCUGGGAGGGACACAAUUGGCACGACCCUGCCAUGGAUAUUCUACAACCUUGCCCAGAAUCCUAACAUCGUGUCAAUCAUUCGUAAGGAACUCUCACCUAUUGCAUCGCACAAAGCAGCCAACGGUAUGGGUGCAAUGGUCUUUGAGCCGGAGGACACCAAAUCUCUCGUGUAUCUGAGAGCCACCUUGUACGAGACUCUCAGGCUAUAUCCACCAGCGCAUACGGAGCGCAAGACAGUGGUUACUGAUGAUAUCAUGCCAAGUGGCCAUGAGGUGCAUGCCGGUGAUGCCAUCUUUAUCUCUCUCUACUCCAUGGGAAGAAUGGAGAGCUUGUGGGGUAAAGACUGCCUCGACUUCAACCCAAACAGAUGGCUCUUGGAAGACAACAACAAGCUCAAGAACGUACCUUCUCACAAGUUCCUGGCCUUCAACUCGGGCCCGAGGGUUUGCAUGGGCAAGGAAAUUGCGGUUAUGCAGAUGAAGACCAUCGUCGCCACAGUCAUGUGGAACUUUGAUGUGGAGCUGGUGGAAGGUCAGAGCAUCCAGCCCAAGCUGUCUUGUUUACUGCAGAUGAAAUAUGGGCUCAUAGUGAAGCUGAAGAAACGAGAAGCGUAA